CAGAGUGGGGUUUUAAAGAAAGUCCAGAAGCAGCGUUGGGAGAAGCCUUUUCUGUGGGUGGCCAGAAACGUCUGGUCCUGAAGACACAGCGCAAUCCUCACCUGGACUUAUGACCCGAGGCCUUGCUCCCCUCCUGCCCAUUGAGUUCCACAAGAUGGGCUCCUUCCGCCGUCCCAGACCACGAUUUAUGAGCUCCCCCGUACUCAGCGAGCUGCCCCGCUUCCAGGCCGCCCGGCAGGCUCUGCAGCUGAGUUCCAACUCUGCCUGGAACAGCGUGCAGACAGCUGUGAUCAACGUUUUCAAAGGGGGCGGCUUGCAGAGCAACGAGCUGUAUGCACUGAACGAGAACAUCAGGCGGCUGCUGAAGAGCGAACUUGGAUCCUUCAUUACAGACUAUUUCCAGAAUCAGCUUCUUGCAAAAGGACUGUCCUUCGUGGAGGAGAAGAUCAAGGAGUGUGAAGGUGACAGUCGGAUUGAGGUUCUGGCUGAAGUCUGGGACCACUUCUUCACCGAGACUCUCCCCACCCUGCAGGCGAUAUUUUAUCCGGUUCAGGGACAGGAGCUGACCAUCCGCCAGAUCUCCCUGCUGGGCUUCCGGGACCUGGUCCUGCUGAAGGUGAAGCUGGGUGACUUGCUGCUGUUGGCACAGUCCAAGCUGCCCUCAUCCGUUAUACAAAUGCUGCUCAUUCUGCAGAGUGUUCACGAGCCCACAGGCCCAAGUGAGGGCUAUCUGCAGCUGGAGGAGCUGGUGAAGCAGGUGGUGUCUCCCUUCCUUGGCAUCAGUGGGGACCGCAGCUGCACAGGCCCCACGUACUCACUGGCCAGGAGGCAUUCCAGGAUCCGGCCCAAGGUGACUGUCCUCAACUAUGCCUCUCUGAUGACCUCAGUUGGACGGCCACUGAACGAGAUGGUCCUGACUCCACUAACAGAGCAGGAAGGUGAGGCGUACCUGGAGAAGUGUGGCAGUGUUCGGCGGCACACAGUGGCCAAUGCCCAUUCGGACAUCCAGCUGCUGGCCAUGGCCACCAUGAUGCACUCAGGGUUAGGGGAGGAGGCUGACAGCGAGGACAAGCACCUGCUCCUGCCGCCCAGCUUCCCACCGCCACACCGCCAGUGCUCCAGUGAGCCCAGCAUCCUCGAUAGCCCUGAUGAACUGGAACUAGAAGAUGGAGCAAGUGGCAGCCAGGAGGACUCCGAGAUGAACUGUGCUUCCCUCAGCUGAGCUGACAUCUCCAGGAUUUCCGCAUCCCUACUUUGUAGCCAGGAUGAGGACUAUGUGGAUGUAUCUCCUCCAUGGAUCACCAAGGGGCUCUUGCUUUGAGAGGCACUGCCUUAUUUCUUAGGGCACAAGCCAAGUCUCCAUACCCCCGGGAAACACCUGUAACCCCCCUGCACUGUGGUGUCUGUGGCUAGCUCCUCAUGCCACUGUUCUCCUGAUUUCCAGCCUCACCUGCUUCACCUGGAUCCUCUUCUCUGGGCCCUUCCCAUCCUAUUGGACUGGCUGAUGCUCCUAGUAUAUAAUGCUCUGGCAUUACUGUCUCAGAAGCUGGGACCACACAUGAGCAUCUUGAAUGUGUCAGCCCUUGCCGUUCCCCUAAUGAUCCAUGAAGCAGAAGCCAAGGGGUAGAAGGAGUAGUAGAGGUUCUGUAUAACAUGGAAGUCAACUGUAGCCCAUGCCACACAUGGUCCUGGGACUGUGUCCUUAUCACUUACUUUAAUUGCAGUGUCCUUGAAAGCAUUAUCCUACUCGUGGGUGAGGGUCCAUCCUUACGUAUGUUCAGAUGUCAUGUGCUGUCUACACAGAGGGCUUUAGCCUAGCAGGAUCUCUGUCUUGGACUCAGCCUCAGCAUGUCGCUCUCCGGGCUUCUUCCCAGUCUCCAGGAAUGAGCCUUCUCCGUCACUGGUGCCUUACUCCUCUAGUUUCAGGAACGGACUGACCACUUUCCUGUUGUGCCUAAGACAGCAACUGACCUAGUCUGUACCUGGAUUUCACUUGAAUUUGUAAAACGUGUAUUGUUAGAAAAAAAAAUGUUCAUGAAUAUUUGCACAUAGGACCUUGCACUGCUCAUUUCCAGUGGAGUGUUUGCAGACUAAACACAGUGGGCCCCUUCAAAAAGUGGUGAAAUAGCUCAGAACAAAAGGCUGAGUAGUGGACAGGACUCACAUACCUCAGAGCUCUGGGGGAGCCAGACCGGUGUCUGGAAUGACCUGUGUUCUAAGUGUCUUGGCUUCUAGGGAAGGCUAUGCUGGAGCAAGAAGCCUGCCUCUUGAGCAGAGAAGUAGAGUGACUGGAAUGUGUCUGGGCUUUUACAUGGACAGAGAGACAUGGGCAUGUGGGCACGUUUUAUUUGGAAGGACAUUUAUUCUCUGAGAUUACAGAAGUACGCAGAAAUGUCUGGGAUUCCUGUCACGUCUGUCUCAUGAUGCUAUUUGAGGCAGCUUGCUUUGUUCCUGUGCUCGGUCCUUAUUAAUGUUCUCUUCAGGUUGGGGAAGGGAACUUUUUUGUCUAUGUUGAAUCUCUGGCUUCCUCUUUAUAGUUGUCUGUUGGUCUUGCUAAUAGAAGCUCAGAAAAACAUAGAAAGUUUCUCCUGAUCCUGCUCUUGACAUGUGCUGCCCUUUCAGGAUCUGGUCAGUCUUUGGAAAUUUUGUUGAUGGAAUCUCAAUAUAUAACCCACCAAUAGAAGAAGAGGCCAUUCAAGCUCAUCUAAGCCUUGAUAGUGUCACCCUUGUGGGCAAAGAUCUGAAAUACGACCACAGCUGUGCUUUUGAUGCAUUCUACUUUAAAAAUCUAAUUUUAAAAAAAUGUUUUAAUUUUGUCCUUCCAAGAGAAAAUGACAAAAGAGAGAUGUUUACCUGUCACAGAAAUGUCUAAAUAUUACACACUGUGCUCAUGCACUUGCACACACACAUGCACCCAUCCAUGUACACACAAUGUGUGAAUCUAUACACAUACACACACACACACACACAAAGAGAAAUGUUCAAAUUCCUUUGAGAAUUUUAAGCAAAACCUGAUCUUUCUAUAUGUGGUGUCUAAAGUCUACAAGUUGGGGGCUGGAGAAAUAGAUGGCUUGGUGCUCAAGGAUACUUUCUGCUCUUGCAGAAGACCAGAAGACAUGGGUUCAGUUCUCAGCAUCCACAUCAGGCAGCUCACAGUUCCAGGGGAUGUGAUGCCCUCUUCUGUCUUCUGAGGGCACCUGCAUUCAUGUGGUGUGCAUACAUACAUGCACGUGCACGCAUGCACGUACACACACACACACACACACACACACACACACACACUAAAAAGAACCUUUAAAAUAACCUCCGUAAGUUAAUUAAUGUGUGUUAGUGGGCAGAACAUUGCAGCUUAUUUAACUUAACUGAUGGCUAGGUCCUUGUUAGUACACCAAGCACACACUUGAGAUUAUUUAUUCAUCCAGACAAAAGAAUUAGUCAUGUUUGGGCUUGCUUUUAUCAUUGAUAAGAUUAACAGUGCAUGUUUUAAAUAUGCCUUUUUCCGUAUCGUGGAUGUCCCUGUCGUGGACGGCAGUUGUCAGGAUAAUACACGGACUCUGGUAUAGAAAGUGUACAGGCUGUUGAACGUCAUUGCUGCUGACUUUGAACAGUUUACAAGUUUCUCUUUGGACAGACACACCUGGUGUUAGUACAGAAGUAUCCCAGACUGUACACAUCAACAUUUUAUGGCAUUUGUGGGCUUUGGCCAUCAGAUCUAUUGCAAGAGUGUCACCUGUAGCAGUUUUAACCAGUGCUCCCCCCCAC